AUGACAACUAAUUCAUAUCAGUUUGACUUCUCUGAUAGGGAACGGCACUUUGCCGUCGAAGUUCCCUACCGAGCACGGACAUGUCGUCCACUCUUGGACGCCAUCCUAGCUCUAUCAGCCCGUCACCUGAGCCGCACCUGUAAAGAGUUUGACCCUUAUCUCGCCGACCGCCACUACCAGAGGUGUCUGGAGCUUUUCAUUCCCGAGCUAGACCGCGUGGCAUUGAACUCCGUCGACGACUUACUGGCUGCUACUGUGGUGCUCCGUCUUCUUGAAGAGCUUGAUGUUCCACUUUCAGGUUCGGACAAGUACCAGCACUCGGUUGGCACACGGGCACUUCUGCGAACCCAGACAGCCCAGAUAGCACAGGCUACGGGGUUGGGACGCGCUGCGUAUUGGGCGGGCCUGCGCCAAGAGAUCUACGCCUCGUUGAGGACGCAGCGGCCCCCGGCGAUUAAGGCCCCGCCGGGGCUUGUCGACCAGCUUGAUCCCUCAGAAGAUGAUUGCGCAUGGGCGAACCGAGCUGUGAGUCACUGCCUCGAGGUGCUCGAGUUUUGUUUUGGGGAGCCGCCCCAGACCAUCGAGAGGUUUGAUUCGUUACUGGCUGCCAAUGUGCAAUGGGAUACGGAUCGGCCGCCAUCGUACGACCUUUUGUGUUUCCGCGAUGAUAAUGGCCCUGACUAUCCAUUUGGGGAGGUGCGAGUGCUCGCUUCCUGGCAUGUGAUGGGCUGGCAAUACAGGAGUCUGGCAAGCGUGUUACUGAUCACGCAUGAUCCCCGUGUUCCUCGUAUAGGAUUGGGACGGCAAGCAGCUUUGAAGAGGAUGGAUGAUGAAGCACGAUCAGUCAUUCGUUUGAUCUGUGGCAUUGCCUUGACGAAUCCCGCAACCGCAGUCGCUCUGGUAGUCGCAUAUAUGGCGAUACAAGUUGGAGGAGAUUUAAUAGAGAACCCGCUGGAGCGCCGAGCUGUUCUGAAUCUUUUGAUGCAACUGGAAGAGGUUCACGGCUGGCCGACCACAGAUCUGCGGUCUUCACUGGUGGGUAUUUGGCCACGCAUGGAGCAGUCGAUCGACAAUAGAGACGGAGAGUCACAAAGGUGA